AUGUUCGCCGCUAGCGUCAUUUCCGCUCUCAUCGCCGCCUCUGCCGUCUACGCGCAUGGUAACAUUGACGAGGUUGUCGUCGACGGUACCGCGUACACCGGCUAUCUGCCCUACCAGGACCCUUACACCAGCCCUACACCCGACCGUGCCGAGCGCAAGAUCCCUUCGAACUCUCCCUGGAAGGACAUCACGACCUCGGACCUGCAGUGCAACACUGGUGGCGAGACUCCGGCAGCUCUGACCGUGCCUGUAGCUGCGGGCUCCGUGGUGAACGCUCACUGGACAACUUGGCCAGACAGCCACAAGGGGCCUGUCAUCACCUACCUCGCCCGCGCGCCUGACGGUACCGAUAUCACUGCCUGGACUCCCGGCGAUGAUGCCGUCUGGUUCAAGAUCGAUGAGGCUGGCUACGACAACGGCAAGUGGGCCGCGACAGAUGUCCUCAUCAACCAGAACUCUACCUGGCCGGUGACGAUUCCCGCGAACCUCAAGGCGGGCCAGUACAUCAUGCGCCACGAGAUCAUCGCCCUUCACCAGGCGGGCUCAUACCCCGGUGCCGAGUUCUAUCCUGGUUGCUACCAGCUUGAGGUCACUGGCUCGGGUACUGCUCUUCCGACGGAGGGUCUUGUAUCCUUCCCUGGCGCUUACUCUGAGACUGAUCCUGGCAUUGUCUUCAACCUAUACACCGACUUCGACUCGUACACGAUCCCUGGCCCCGCAGUUUGGGACGGCGUCUCUACGGCCAUCGGUAGCAGCUCUGGCUCGUCCUCUUCCGCUGCUUCCGGUGCCUCGUCAACCGCCGCCGCCGCCACAAGUUCCGCUGCUGCUGCGACUAGCUCCGCUGCUGCUGCAACCUCUGCGGUCGAGACGUCGUCCGUCGCCGCUGUCACAUCGAGCGUGCCCGCCUCGUCUUCAGCUGCUGCAUCCUCGGCCGCUGCGACAACCUCGGCCGCCGCGUCUUCCGCUGUUGCGACUUCCUCCGCUGUUAUAACAUCGUCAGCGGCUGUGUCAUCUUCGGCAGUCGCAACGUCAUCUGCGGCGUCCCCGACGUCCAGCGCCACCGUCAAGAAUGCCAAUGUCUGCAUGAACGAGUACAACCAAUGCAUCGCAGCCUCUCAGCCAAACCCGGAUUGGACCGGAUGCACGGCUACCAAGGACACUUGCAUGGAAGGCGCAGUUUACAUGCGCGUCAAGCGCUCCGGCACGCUCGGCCGUCGCGUUUUCUAA